AUGGAAGAUGCUGUAGUCCAGAGUUCAUUAGCUUCGUGGAUUGGCUCGGUCACGGUGACGUGGGCCCACGGUCCCUCUCACUUCCGGACUGUCACCUGCACGUCUGCUCCGGCUUUCAUCCUCCAGCUCGUCACUCGUCGUUCCUCCGGCUCUGUUGUCCUGCAGAGAUCUAAUCAGCAGCUGGGGGAGCAGCUGAACAUCUGCUCACUUCCUGCAGCAGCUGAACCUGACCGGGGUCCUGCAGGCUUCAGCCUCAGUCGGAGGGAAGGACGGCAGGCGAAGGCACCAGACCAGAGCGGAGCACCAGCCCGUCAGAGCUGCUUCAGGAGUCAGUUGUGGAAGAUGGUGGGCUGUGUGAAGAGGAUGGUGGUGAACAUCUCCAGACUGACUCCUCCAAAGGACAUCCUGGUGGAAACCAAGAGGACCAUCUACAGCAAACCACCCCGGAACAAGAUCGGAGCCGCGCAAAGUUUCCUGGUCAUGUCGGUGUUUGCUGCAGCCAUGUUGGCCCCAGCAGCCUGGAUCCUCCAUCACCUGCCGGAGUACAGACAGAGAGCCCAGCAGCGUCCCCGGACCUGAUCCCCAUCCAAGCCUUCCAUCCUCCUCACUCGUACACCUGCAUGACCUUCAGUCACCUACACAUUUAAUCAUCCUCAUUCAUCUUUGAUGUAGAAAUACAUGUGACCUGUAAUCAAUCAAAUAUAAAGAGUUCAGUUUAGGUUUAGUUCACUGUAUUUGUGUCUUCCCUUAUCUUAACCUUUUUAGAAAAUAAAGUUUGGAACAGCUUGUCUUUAUCAGAUUCAAUGACAUCAUCAGGUAUUUAACUUGACGU